AUGUUGUUGUCGUCUAACAAGUAGAGCAAUUGCUAUCACAAAUUGAUUCGCAUUAUUGAGUAGAUGAAUUUAAAUAUUUACCUGUAUCGCAAGUUAUACACUAUGUGGUGGUGGUUUAACAAGUUAAGCAAUUGCUAUCACAAUCGGAUUAGCAUUAAUGAGUUGAUGAAUUUAAGUAACUACCUGAAUAACAAGUUAAGCAAUAUGUAGUUGUAUUCUAACAAGUGGCACAAUUACUAUCACAACUAGAUUAACAUUGAUGAGUUGAUGAAUGUAAAUAAUUACCUGAAUCACAAGUUAAGCAGUAGGUAGUAUAAUUUUAGCAAGUUGCGCAAUUAAUAUCACAACUUGAUGAACAUUAAUGAGUUGAUAAAUUCAAAUAAUUACCAGAAUCACAUGAUAAACAAUAUGUAGUUGUAUUUUGACAAGUCAAACAAUUGCUAUCGCAACUUGAUUAACAUUAAUGAAUGGAUAAAUUUAAAUAAUUACCUGUAUCGCAAGUUAAACAAUAUGUAGUUGUAGUUUAACAAGUCGCACAAUUACUAUCACAACUAGAUUAACAUUACUGAGUUGAUUAAUUUAAAUAACUGCCUGAAUCACAAGUUAAACAAUUUGUAGUUGUAGUCUAACAAGUUGCGCAAUUACUAUCACAAUUUGAUUAGCAUUAAUGAGUUGAUGAAUUUAAAUAAUUACCAGAGUCACAAGAUAAGCAAUAUGUUGUUGUAUUUUGGCAAGUCAAACAAUUACUAUCACAACUUGAUUCGCAUUAAUGAGUUGAUGAAUUUAAAUAAUUACCCGAAUCACAGGAUAAACAAUUCGUUGAUGUAGUCUAACAAGUUAGACAGUUACUAUCACAAAUUAAUGUACAUGAAUGAGUUGUUGAAUUCAGUUAAUAGCCGGAAUCACAUGAUACACAAUAGAUUGUUGUGGUCUAGCAAGUCAAGCAAUUGCUAUCACAACUUGAUUGGCAUUAAUGAUUUGACUCAUUUAAAUAAUACCCUGUAUCGCAAGUUAAACAAUAUGUUGUUGUCGUCUAACAAGUAGAGCAAUUGCUAUCACAACUUAAUUCGCAUUAUUGAGUAGAUGAAUUUAAAUAUUUACCCGAGUUACAUGAAGUACAAGUUGUUGUUUUUUCAAAACAGGUGGCACAGCUUGAGUCACAAUUCGAUUAGCAAAUAUUUAAGGAUUCAUUUAAAUACAUAUUUGAUGCACAGGAUAAGCAAUGAUUAUAAUAUAAUAAACACGUUUAACAAUUUUCGUCACAACUAUUAACACAAGUGCUAUCUACUGAAUUUAUAUAUAAAGGGCAAGUAUCUACGCAAUCCUGCUAGUUUUUAAAUUUUGGUGGAUCACAUGAUACGCAUGUAUUGCUUGCAGUAUCCAAAUAUUUAUUUUAGAGUACAUUACAUUUUGUGCAAUAAUUGGAGUUAUUUUAGCAUUCUAAACAGUUCAUAUCACAAUUCAAGCAUGUACUGCCAGACAAAUACCAACCUUAUAUGCAAUUAUUGCAAGUUGUUCCAUCAGAACAUGUUGCACAUUCAGCAAGGCAAUUUAAACAGCCUCCUAAUCCAUCAUCAUAUUAUUACGAUGAACAUUAACUGUAUACUUAAGUAAUCAGAAUUAAAAUACUUAAAAACAAAGUAUUCAUAUUUUAUAAAUAUUUUUGAAGAGGUUUGCUUAGAAAUUUAUUUAUACAUUCAAUAAAGAUAUAUAAGAUUCUAAAAACUUAAUAAUUAAAGAAAAAGAAGUAAAUCUAUAUUCAAAUAUUGUAUAAAAUUCAUUAAUUGA